AUGCAGAUACUCAUUCAAGCGAAAGGCAAACUGAGCGCAACAUUAAAGUUAAUCUUGUUCCUGAGCCAUAUAGGACAUGAUUUAUUGAUUUGGGUGAUUGUCCAGGAGCCGCAGUGGCUCAGCAGUGUCAAUCAAGAUAUAGUGAAUAUGUUGUUUCAGGUUGAUCAAGAUAUAGUAACCAUGUUGUUUCAGGUUGAUCAAGAUAUAGUAACCAUGUUGUUUCAGGAUGAUCAAGAUAUAGUAACCAUGUUGUUUCAGGUUGAUCAAGAUAUAGUAACCAUGUUGUUUCAGGUUGAUCAAGAUAUAGUAACCAUGUUGUUUCAGGUUGAUCAAGAUAUAGUAACCAUGUUGUUUCAGAUUGAUCAAGAUAUAGUAACCAUGUUGUUUCAGGUUGAUCAAGUUAUAGUGAACAUGUUAUUUCAGAAUUUCCAGGGAAUUAACCAUUAUAUAGAUUUCAAUUACACUGUGUCGCUGUGGAGGUCUCUUAAUAAUCUUUCUACGCCAUACUGGUCAGCAGACACUGCAUUAGCCGCUAGAGUGGUAACCUUAAUCAUUACGUGUCUGGAACAUUGCGGCUCUGGUUAA